UUCUAAUGAGACCGAACUUUGAUACUGGUAGAUACACUACAUACUUAGUACAGCAUAAGAUAGAUCCAUGCACCAUGUAAAUACUGCCGACUGCACCAUCACGUCGUGAUGCCAGGAUGGACCAACACCAGCUCGAGAUUAUUCAAGCUCACUCUCUUGGCAUAUAUCUUGAUGCAAUACGCGAUUCAUUGCACAAAGUCGCUCGAACUCCUACAGAUCUCGACUUAAUAAGUACAGAAGUUCUUCAGGUUAUAACGCUCGACCUUCUGCCGACGCUACAGAGCCAUCCAUUAUCUCGCCAGUUGCCUUCCAAAACAGGUCGCGGCACCCUCCGAACCGAUCUACUUCGACUAGAAGUCUCCUUCGAAUCCGGUGAACUCGGUUUUCGUCGCCUCCGACCUCUCUUUCACGCAGUGUUUACAAAUGGACCCGAUGUCGACAUUUGGCAACAAGUCUACAAUGCCGUCGCUACUGCCGAAUCUACACCUCCCCGAAAGCCCGCCGCCUCAUUCGAACAAACACCACGGGUCUUCAAGACUAGCAGCGUUGUGAAUUCCUCUGAAAGACGCAUCGAUAUAGAUAAGCCGCUCAGAGAUGAACUUGGCGUUAUGUACGUCGACGUUCCGAAUUUCUACGAAGCCUUUUUUGGUGAUAUCACAGACCUUGAGACAAGAUCUACGGAGAUCUUCCAGAACUGUACAGAAGGAGAGCAGCCACUCUUUCGAGACGCCUGGACCUGGUGGCCAGAGAAUGCCAACGAAGCCGACGUUUUGACCUGGCUUGCCGGCCUAGUCGAACAGCUUAAGCACUACGCACGAGAAUACGAGGAAAUAAACCGAAGAAUUGUAACCAAGCCUUAUACCCCCGUCGAAGGUUCAGUUGCACAACGCAAACUUGAUGUCGGCUUUGCCGACGUCCCUAAGAGUGACCAGGAUCAAAGAUAUCAUUGGUCGCAGAUCCUAGUGCCUGGUGAAUUAAAAAGCAACCCUAAAGAAGACACGCCCUCCCAGGCCCGACUUAAUGUGGCAAGAUACGUGAAAGAGGUGUUCAUUGCCCAACCCACGCGCCGUUUUGUUCUCGCCUUUACUCUAUGCGGAACUUGGAUGCGACUUUGGGAAUUUGAUCGGCUUGGCGGUAUUGCAUCUACCAAUAGCAGCUUUGGACUUGAUCCUACUAUUAUUACGACUACUGAUCAACAAUAUAUUGAAGUUAAACAACAUGGCAAAACAGAACGCUUCAUUAUUGACAAAUGCAUUAGAGGAGCACAAGGCAUUAUAGGGCGUGCAAUAACUUGUUGGAAGGCGCAUUUCGACAGCGAUAAAUCUUUAGUCUUCGUUAUCAAAGACUCGUGGCAAUAUCCAGAACGCGAUGAAGGUGACCUGCUCAAAGAGGCAACAGAGCAAGGCGUUAUUAAUGUUGCGCGAUACUACCAUCACGAGACGGUCAGGAUUGGAGACAAAGACGAUAAUAUUCAAGCCAACGUUCGCAAAGGAUUGGAUAUCACAAAAGCUAGCAAUUAUAACCAAGUGUAUCCGGCUGUAUCGACUCAAUCGCGUGCGAGUUCUACAGGCUCGAAACGCUCGGCCAGUCAACUCGGUGCUCCUCUCCCACCUAGCAAGCGGUUUUACUCCGGUUCGGAGUCUCCCACAAAGCCUCGCAGCCCAGUUCUUCCUAAUCGGAUCCACCGGCGUAUUAUUUUACGUGACUAUGGGCAGCCAAUCUAUAAGGCCAGCUCUCGGGUGGCCUUGCUUCGCGCCUUAGAAGGGUGUGUCGGAGGACACGAAUCUCUCUAUAACGCCGGCCUUCUUCAUAGAGAUAUUUCGAUCAACAAUCUUAUGAUUAACGAGGAUGAACCAGACCUAUCUAGGUCUUCAUUCCUGAUUGAUCUCGACCUUGCGAUCAGGUUCGAUCGAACGCAGUCAUCAGGUGCUCACGGGAUAACUGGCACGAGGGCUUUCAUAGCAAUUGGGGUGCUCCUCGGUGAUGAACACUCCUUCAUGGAUGACCUCGAGUCUUUCUUUUGGGUCCUCUUUUGGAUCUGUAUCCAUUGUGAUGGAUAUAGCCGAGGCAGGAGCAUUGCCAUGUUUGACAAGUGGAACUGGAUGGAUGCGGAAGAGCUGGCUUCCCAGAAACUUGGAAGGGUGUCGGAUGAAGACGUUUUCCACAGAACGGUAUCACAACAUUUCACACGCCAUUAUCAAGUUCUAAUACCGUGGGUUGACAAGCUACGCAGAACAGUAUUUCCUAAUGGCGGUAGAUGGCGGGAGGAAAAUGAAACGCUAUAUUCUCAAAUGAGGGAGAUACUUCGCAAAGCCCAAGCUGAUCCAUUGGUAGCAGCAAUAGAUGAAUCAGAAUAA